AUGCCGUCCCAAGCCGUCCAGCGCAUCAGCAUUCGCUGGUUGCCCGAGCCUGCCUAUGAAGAUACCGAUACGAUUGCACUCAACGUAGGAAGGUACUUCAUAGACUUGCGGGUUGCCAAAGAAACUCAGACUGUUCAAUGGAGCCGCGCGGGAGAGAGAAUCACUCUGAAGACCGAACCCCACUAUGCGUACAUAAUGUACGUCUUUAGGAUGAGAUACGCUGGAGUUCACAGUAUUGCUGAUGCUGCGGCGCUGAUGGGCGGACCUAUUGCCCGAGAGAUUGCUGGUGGUCUCUUUCUGCUGACUUGGAUCCUCGCAUCCGGUUCUGGCUUCAUUGGUUUGGCGGAAGGGUUCAAGACACUUUCGAACCGCCACGUCUGCAACAUUGCGUGGACACUCGUCGCGGCCACAUGCACCGCAAUCGUGUCUAGCAUUCCCACUUUGGGGAGAUUAUCGAUCCUAGCUUGGAUAGGAUUCGCUUCCAUUUUUACGGCUGUCUUCAUUGUCGUGGUUGGUGUGACCCAAGUCGAUCGGCCUGCGGCAGCGCCACAAACCGGACCAUACGGCAUGGAAGUACACGCCGUAGGAGUAUCUGGAUUCGUCCCAGGAGUUGUCGCUGCCGUCAACCUGUUCACUGGUUAUGGAUCUACACCAACCUUCAUGCCCGUGAUUGCCGAGAUGAGAAGCCCACGAUCUUUCACCAAAUCUCUGUUCUCGUCUCAAGUGUUUCUAGCCUCAUGUUAUGUCGCAUUUGGUACGGUCGUCUACAUGUAUUGCGGAAAGUACGUGGCCAGUCCAUCUCUGGGCUCUGCUGGCGGGACAUUAGAAAAGAUAGCGUAUGGUGUUUCGAUUCCUGGAUUCAUCAUGACAACGACUCUUUGGGUUCAUCUAGCAGCCAAAUCCCUUCUUGUACGCAUUCUUCGCAACUCUGUACAUCUACAAAGUAAGACCGUCAUUCAUUGGGUCACUUGGCUUGGCUCAACGAUAGGUAUCAGCGCGUUAGCUUUUAUCAUCGCUGAAGCGGUCCCGUUCUUUAGCUAUCUGGUUGGACUCAUUGGUUCUAUUUGCUGCAUGCCUACUUGUCUGAUCAUCCCAGCAUUCAUGGGCCUCUACAUGGACUGGGAGAAGAGGUCCUCUAGUAAAGUCAAGAUGUCUUUCUGUGCCCUACACAUCUUUACGAUAGUUUUGGGAUCAUUCAUGACCGUCGUGGGCACUUACACAACAAUCCAAAGCAUCAUCGAUGCGUACAAUGAUGGAAGGGUAGGAUCAGCUUUCACUUGCUAA